AUGGCUAGGAAGAGUAGAGAGACUAGUGUAGUAGUGCAGGAGGAGGCCUUCACAGACCGUUACCAGGUCUUGAGGGUCAUUGGGCAUGGGGCAUUUGGUCAGGUGAUCCUCGCCCGCCAUCUGCUCACUGGGGCAGAAGUGGCAGUGAAAGUCCUGGAAAAGAGAAUGUGGAAGAGUUUGGCCCGCUCUGAGAAACGGGCAUUGAUGACCCUGAACCACCCGAAUGUGAUCCAGCUCUUACAGGUUAUUGAAACCGACCAACAUGUCUACCUGGUGAUGGAGCAUGGAGGCAGGGGAUCGCUAUUUGACUUCAUCCCGGAUGGGGGCAUGCAGGAGGAAGAGGAGGCCAGGAGACUAUUUAGGCAGAUCACGUGUGCAGUGUGCUACUGCCACAAGAUGUGCAUCGUGCAUGGAGACCUGAAGCCCGAGAACAUUGUGCUGGAUGCCAGGGGAGACAUCCGACUCAUCGACUUUGGCUUAAGCACUGUUGUCAAGCCUGGGCAGCAGCAGAACGAGUCCUGGGGCCCUCUGGAGGGCCCUGCAGAGGACGUCUGGAAACUGGGUAUCAUUUUGUAUUUUAUGUUGACUGGGAACCGUCUGCUUAGGAUCUUGUACCCAGAGUUGGAAUUUCCCCAGCACGUGUCUGCUGAAGCACAAGAACUGGUCAAGAAAAUCCUGGCAGAGGACCCUGAAAGCAGGCUCUCGGUAGGGGACAUCUUGGAGGACCCCUGGCUGAGUCAGGGUGAGGAGAACUCAUCUUCCCAUGACGAGCCCCUCCCCAGCCUCUCAGACCCCACAGUACUGACGGUCCUCUUUGACAUGGGCUUCGACCCAUACACUACCUGGGUGUCUCUAUCCAAGAGGAGGUUUGACGAUGCCAUGGCUGCGUAUCUCCUAGUGCAGCAGCAGAUAAGCCAGGGGACAGGCUGCAUGAAGCCUGUGAGGCGCAGGGUGGUGCCUCAGCCGUGCCCCAGGGAUCCUUCCGUGUUCCCUGCCCUCCCAAAGAGGAGGGCGAGUGAGCCUGCCCUACACACCUCCCCCUUGCCCUGUGAACCUCAGCCACCUGAGGAGGCCGAAGAGUCAGGGCAGAAGGUUGAGAGAAGCUCCAGCGUGCCUGCCAUUAGACUCCGCUUCCUGCAUGACAAGACCCCCACUCCCAGCCUAGCCUCCCAGCCUGACUCUGUGUGCGACAAACCCGGACCCUGCAUAUCAGCCGACAGCCACGUCUCCCAAGAUGCCACCACAGCCCAUCCCCAGGGCCACAGGAAGUGCUGGAAGCUGGUGAGGCAGAGGAUCGCCGCCUGCCUCCGCCGACUGUGCUCUUGCAUACCCUCCUGUGUUAGCGAAGACGAGGCCGAGACGCAGGGAGACCAGAGACCUGCUAAGUUUGGAAACCGGGUGGUUCCUAUCUAA